AUGGAGGACGCCGACUCGGCGGCCAAGCGGCUGGGCUUAGCGGAGGCGGUGGCGGCCGCGGUGGCAGCGGCGGCGGCAGAACCCGAGCGGCAGCAACCGCAAAGCUCGGAGGGGAAGGCGGAACGGCGGGAGGAGGUGACGGCCGUGACCGUGAUGGCGGCGGACGCCGAGCACAUCGAGAUGGGCACCGAGCCGCUGCCCAGCGCCGACGAGGCCGCCGCGUUCGCAGAAGUCACCACAGUAACAGUGGCCAACGUUGGUGCCUCUGCAGACAACGUGUUCACCACAUCCGUGGCAAAUGCAGCAUCCAUUUCGGGACACGUGCUGUCUGGGAGAACGGCCCUCCAAAUUGGGGACAGCUUGAAUACUGAGAAAGCCACUCUCAUAGUUGUUCACACAGACGGCAGCAUUGUGGAAACCACGGGGCUGAAGGGGCCGUCAGCACCCCUCACACCAGGACCGCAAUCUCCUCCUACCCCUUUAGCAACUGUCCAAGAAAAAACUGGAACCAAGUAUAACUGGGACCCAUCUGUGUAUGACAACGAGCUCCCAGUGAGGUGCCGGAACAUCAGUGGGAUUCUGUACAAAAACAGACUCGGCUCAGGAGGCCGUGGUAGGUGCAUUAAGCAAGGGGACAACUGGUACAGCCCCACUGAAUUUGAAGCUAUGGCAGGACGAGCCAGCAGCAAAGACUGGAAGAGGAGCAUUCGCUAUGCUGGGAGGCCCUUGCAGUGCCUUAUUCACGAUGGGAUUUUAAAUCCUCACGCUGCCUCUUGUACUUGUGCUGCCUGCUGCGAUGACAUGACUCUGAGUGGACCUAUUCGACUUUUUGUACCAUAUAAACGACGAAAAAAAGAAAAUGAAAUGUCUGCAAAUCCAGUCAAGAAGGAAUCCUCCAAAAAUAUCACUCUGCUUCCUGCCACAGCUGCUACUACAUUCACCGUGACUCCUUCUGGACAGAUCACUACCUCUGGUGCUCUCACCUUUGACCGCACGUCGACCGUGGAAGCCACAGCAAUUAUCUCAGAAAGUCCAGCCCAGGGGGAUGUUUUCACAGGAGCCACUGUUCAGGAUACCAACGUCCAGCAGCCGUGCCGGGUCACCCACCCAGAGCCUCACUACCCGACUUACCAGGACAACUGUCAGAUUUCACCUUUCCCUGAAGCUGCGCUGCCGACGUCUCAUCCCAAAAUCGUGUUGACCCCAAUCCCUGCCCUGUCGGUGCCCCCCCAGACCCCCACCAAAGCCAUAUCCCCAGCUGUGGUGAACGGGCUGGAAGUGACGGAGCAGCGGAGCUGGCUCUACUUGGAAGAGAUGGUCAACUCGCUGCUCAACACGGCGCAGCAGCUCAAGUCUCUCAUCGAGCAGGCCAAGCAGGCCAGCUCCUCCUUCCGUGAGGCCGCUGUCACACAAGCCAAGAUUCAAGCUGAUGUGGAGAGAAAAGAGCAAUAUCAGAACCAGUUAUUUCAACAAACAGAAGAUGUGGAUGGGAAAACAGAAAUCAUCAUCAAGUCGUGUGUCAACUGUGGCCGUGAGGCAAUGAAUGAGUGCACGGGAUGCCAUAAAGUCAACUACUGCUCCACUUUCUGUCAGCGGAAGGUACAGGAGUGUCUUUGAGUUGCAGGUGGAGCCGUGCAGAGGGAACACAUGACACUGGAGUCAGCCUGCGUGCGGGCUGAGGGCGCAACACAGGCAGGAACAUGCUGUGGAGUAGGGGGUCACUGUGAGCCAGGGUGCGGUGCUGGGGUGGGUCAAACAGGUAAGGAAUGGCCCCAAGAUCUGCACACCCCUUCUGAAAGAGGAUGUCAAAGUGUGAGUACAACCAGCAGUGAGGCGUGGGCACCUCACUGUGGAAACUGUGGGGUGAGCUUGGUGGGAGUGCUGUACAAGCCCUCCCAGCUGCUCCCUGGAAGCUGCAUGCUGCUCAGUACCUCUGAUCCUGUGCCACUGAAGCUGCAGUUUUCUUAUUCUUCAUCUUAUUAUUUGUACUGGUAUGGAUGAUAGGAUGAAUUGAGCACACUCAAACUGUAUAACUUUAAAAUGGGAGGUAGAAACAGGUAAGAAGAGGAAGCUGCAAGGCUUUGUGUUGCUCAUAGGUUCCUUACAAAGACCCUUGGCACCUCUUGCUUUAGAAGAGAGGAUAAUCUGGUUUAGCUACAGCCUCUGCGACCUGUCCAGGUUCAUUCUUUGUCAACUGAACAGAGCAGCUGAAGAAUUUUGACUGUUUCUUUGGCCUAUACCAGAGCAUAAUGAUGGCCAUCCCUGCACAGCAGGAAGGCUGAAAUUUCAGAAGAAUGAAUGAUUGCUUCUUGCAGAUAAAUGACAAAAUCUGCCUACUGUCCCCAAGCAUCUCAAAGACAGUAAUUUCACCCCAUUGUUCUGUCAGUAUGAAACGUGCUGGGAAAUGUCACCAAGUGGUCAUGUGCUGGUCUCCCUCUGAGGCAGCUUAUAACUGCUCCAUGAAGAUUCAGCCUUUAAAGGGAGCUUACAGACGAGAGGGAGAGGAACUUCUUACACAGGCAGAUAGUGAUAAGAAAGGGGGUUUGUUUUUAAACUAAAAGAGGGGAGGUAAAGGUUAGAUGUGAGGAGGAAAUUCUUUACUCAUUGGGCAGUGAGGCCCUGGCAUGAGCUACCCAGAGAAGCUGCAGGUACCCCAUCUCUGGGCUGUUUCUUCAUGGCCUCUCCAUCUGCUCUUCCCUGCAGGACUGGAAGGAGCACCAGCACAUCUGUGGUGAGGCCAACGCGGUGACAGUGCAGGCUGAUGAUGUGCAUUUGGCAGACAAUGUGAUGGAGAAGGUCUCUGUCUGAACACACCUACC